CUGGGGCGGGCCUGGCUCUUGCCCCACACUGCCGCCCAGAUGGAGCGCGAGAGGCUGGGGUUAGGGUCCCCCUGCCGAGGCCAGGCCGGACCCUGAAGCCCUCUCCGGGGCCAGCCCACAGGCCCAGAGGUGUGACUGCGGGGAAGCAGCGCUUGGUCCGGCCCAGCUGGGCAGCUGAGCCCGGGCCAGGGCCCCUGGACGACUCGCUUGGCUCCCAGCUGGGCAUCCUGCAUGCCUAAUCGGCUAUUUAAGGAGCUGUUCGCCUGCGCCCCGGCGGUCCCCCCCCCCCUCCCGCCCCAGGCACGCCUGUCCAGAGCCACCUUAAAAGCAGGAGGUAUCGGUGGUGGAGUCCUGGCCUUCCCUUGAAGACCGGGGUAUGGACUUGGGGAGAGGCUGAAGGUCUGGGUCCCAGGGCCCUGCAACUCAGAGCCGAGUCCCAGAGAAGCCUGCAGCAACAAAGAGACAGCGGGAGAAAAGGCAAUAAAAACACUCCACGCCAGGCAGACUCCUUCUAGGGCUCUCCGUGCCCCCGGCCCAGGUCUUCUGGUCUCUGGUCUGCUGGUCCCCCAAACCCACCUACCUGGACGGGACUCCAGACACCAUGCUGGCUCUCACCCUUUUGCUGGAGGGACUCUGGAUCCUGGCUGCCCAUGGAGGUCUGCAUUGGACUUAUGAGGGUCCACACGGCCAAGGCCACUGGCCAGAAUCUUUCCCCGAGUGUGGGGGUGAUGCCCAGUCGCCUGUCGACAUCCGGUCGGACUCUGUGACCUUUGAGCCGGACCUGCCUGUGGUGCAGCCCCGCGGUUACGAGCAGCUGGGAACAACAGGGCCAUGGGAGCUGUGGAAUAAUGGCCACACUGUCCAGCUCUCUCUUCCCCCAACCCUGUAUUUGGAGGGAUUCACACAGAAAUAUGUUGCUGCUCAGCUCCAUCUGCACUGGGGUCAGAAAGGAACCCUGAGGGGCUCAGAGCACCAUGUGGAUGGCGAAGCCACAGCUGCAGAGCUGCACAUCGUCCACUAUGACGCCGACUCCUAUAGCAGCCUGGGUGAGGCUGCAAACAAGCCACAGGGCCUGGCUGUCCUGGGCAUUCUGAUCGAGGUAGGCGAUGACGUUCCAAACCCUGCUUACGAACACAUCCUGAGUUACCUGCAAGAAGUCAGGCUGAAAGAUCAGAAGACCUUUGUACACCCCUUCAAUGUGAGAGAGCUUCUCCCCUCGCAGCUGUGGCAGUUCUUCCGCUACAAUGGCUCGCUGACCACGCCGCCCUGCUACCAGAGUGUGGUCUGGACCGUAUUCAGGGACAGGGCUCACAUCUCUAGGGCUCAGUUGGAAAAGCUUCAAGAAACAUUGUUUGCCACUGAUUCAGAGCCCCUGGAGCCCCUGGCGCAGAAUUACCGUGUCCCCCGGCCUCUCAACAAGCGACUGAUAUUUACUUCAUUCAUCCAAGCAGAGCCACUAUACACCACAGGUGAGAUGAUAAGUCUAGUCGUCGGAAUCUUAAUCGGAUGUCUCUGCCUGCUCCUGGUUGCCUAUUUCAUUGCUAGAAAGAUUCGGAAGAAGAGGCGGGGACGUGGGAAGACUGUGGUCCGCCCUUCAGCGCGAAGCACUGAACUAGAGCCUCCCUCUCACACGCUCAUGACUCCUGUCCCUCACCCUGCAGAGAGAGUCUGAGAUGGGGAGUGGGCAUGAAGCAGUGUGGCGCAAUCAGGCGGGCAACCCCUCCUCUAGACGGCUCCUGUGAAAAGCGGCUCAUUAAAGGAAGCGCAUGAUGAAUCCUGAGCCGCCCAAGCAGAGAGCAAACCAGGUCUAAAUGCAGAACUUGGGUGUGCACCCCACUUUCUCAAGCCUCAUCGUGUCGCUCUCCUGGCUGGAUGCGAAUGCAAGACCUUCCUUCCCCAGGAUGAGUGGUGGCUGCUUGGGGCUUACAUUUUUUGGCUCAACGUAAUUGGGAAUUAAAGUUUCCUACCCCACC